CAGGAGCAGCCAAAGAGCAGCCAUAGAGAGCAGUUCCUUCCUCAGCCGGUUCGUGUGUCACCUCGAGCAUCUUUUCUGGAAAAAUACCACAGAAAGGCAAAGCCACCGAGUUUACCUGCUCAAUUGUUGUUAAUCUAGUCGACGUAAAUCUCUUUGAAGACAAAGAGUAUAAAGAUGCCUUCAGCGAUGGUUGGCAACAAUGCUGUCCAGUCUGCCAUUCCAGAGGUUGGAAACGGGAGCAAGUCUGACGCCAUGAAGCAGGUUCUUGGUGUGCUCGACAAGAAGGUUCGCAACAUGGAGAAAAAAAAGUCCAAAUUGGAUGACUAUCAAGCGAAGAAGAACAAAGGUGAAAGCCUGAAUCAGGAUCAGCUGGAGGCCUUGUCAAAGUACCAGGAGAUCCUCACCAAUAUUGAGUUUGCUCGGGAGCUGCAGAAGAUUUUCCUGACCCUUGGCCAAGAGAUUCAGAAGACUUUGAAGAAAACUGCAAGACGCCAACAGCUGCAGCGAGAGGAAAUGGAGCAACGGCGACUGAAGACGGUGUUGGAGCUGCAGUUUUUAUUGGACCAGUUGGGUGACCACAACGUCAGGCAGGAUCUGACGCGGCCAGAUGCUUCUGGCUCCUCUUUGCUCACGGAUGCUGAUCUCGCAUCUCUCGACGAGUUCUACAAACUCGUCGGACCUGAUCGAAACUGCGACGUCAGGUUGACUGAACAAUAUGAAGAGGCCUCACUGCACUUGUGGGAACUGCUCGAGGGCAGGGACAAGGCCGUGGCAGGAACGUCAUACAAAGCACUGAAGGACAUCAUGGAGAACUUGCUUCAGGGCGGCUACUUUGACAGAGCACCAAGUGCUCGAAAUGGAACAUGCGAAGAGGAAGAGGAGAAGCAGGAAAAGCAAGCAGUGGUGGCUGAUUCCAAUGUUCCAGAGCAAACACCCGAACCAGAAGCAACAGUUACUGAAAAUCAUCCACAGCCAGUGCAAUUGGAAACCACAGAGUUUGUAAAUAGACAGUUUAUCCCGGAAAGCACUUAUAGCAGUACAGACACAGAACAUGUGGAGGAGUGGUCAGUGGACAUGCAGAUGGUGAAUUCCCUUCAGCAUCAGCCCCCCACCCAGCUGCCACCAGAACCGAGCGUUGCUGUGAAUCGUGUCAGCCCGUCUCCGUCGACUGACCCGGUGAUCAGAAAGCAGGCAGUGCAAGACCUCAUGGCCCAGAUGCAAGGGACUUAUAACUUCAUGCAGGACUCAGUGUUGGAUUUUGAUGGGCAGCUCCUCGACCCGGCCAUUGUUUCAGCCCAGCCCAUGAAGCCUGUCCAGACUGUGGACCUCCAACAGCUAGCAUGUGCAUCAUCCCACUCAGAGUCCAGACUUCCGCAGAUGAGUGCGAUGACAGGACCAAAGGAACCCUCACACGCUGCAAUGUCUCUGUCUUCUGAGCAUUCGUCUGCCUCUUGUUCCCUGUCCUCUGCCUUCCCACCUGCUUCCAAAUCCACCCACACUGGAGGCAUCAAUGUCAAUGCUGCCCCCUUCCAGUCAGUGCAAGCGGUAUUUGUUCUGAGUGCACCUGCGCCACCAGCCGGCGGCCAAGCUGAUCCUCGAAAGCCGCCCCAGUUUCCUGUGAGCUACGGGCAGAGUUUUAGUGGUCCAUUGGAGCCUGCUGCUGACCAUCCUGACAUCCCGCAGGAGACUUUACAAUCUGUUGUUGCUGGAUUCCAGCCCCAAGCGUCGAUCAUGCCUUCGCCAGCUGUGCAUGGAGAUUCGUCGCCUGGCGCAGGCUUCGGACAGUCGGGCCAGUCCUUGUUCAACAGCAGGACCGUGCCCCGGGGCGGCGCAAGGAACGGCAGAGGCGCCAUGAAUGGCUACCGCGGCUCCUCCAAUGGAUUUAGAGGGGGAUAUGAAGGUUACCGUCCUCCUUUCUCUAACCCUCCCAGCAGUGGUUACGGUCAAAACCAAUUCAACGCGGGGGCCCGGGACUACUCGACUAACAACUAUCAGAGGGAGGGCUACCAACAAGGUUACAAACGGGGGGCUGCCCAGGGGCCUCGAGGUAAUGCUCAACCAAUGCGAUCCUAAUGACUGGCUCGUCGCUCCACAUUGAACAUUCAGGAUUUUUGAAUGUGCUCACCCAAACUCACUUUUCUAAUGUUCCAUUUCUCAGUAACACUUUUUUUUUAAAUUAAAGGCCUGUUUAAGUCAGUCUGCUUUUGUCUGCCCGUUUUCUCUAAAUGUUUUAACACAAAAUGCUGUUUCCUAAUUUCAUGUGGGAUUAUCGGCAAGUAUGUGAGAUAUUAAACAACUAGGUAUUCCUGUAAACUUGAAAGAUUUCAUUAAUUUAUUUUUUGUACAAAAUGAUGCAAAAAAUACCCUGCCACUGUCAAAAUGAUUCCUUGGAGAUUUUCCUCAGGCAAGUGCUUUUUGGUCACCUUUUCCUUCUCAUCUUGUAGACAUGACAAUUUAUUUUUUAAACUAUCACCAUCUAUCACCUCUUUGUAUGAUAAUCAGUCAAGACUGUUUCAAUAAAGCUGUGUUCUAUUACAAGGCA